UGGUAGAUCCAGACCAAAUCAGCCCCUUGAAGUAUUACACCAGGAAAAUAGUUAAAAUUAAUGGCACCGAACCUUACCAAAUAGCUUUUGUGAUACUGAGUAUUCUUGUCCAAAUAGCAUUCUACGCAGUCGCUCUGUUGGGAGAUAACCAAAAUGUGUAUAAUGCUAUCGAGAAAGGAAUGGUGGAAACUUUAUUGACAGGACAUGCGAUAGGGGAAACUCCAGAUGGAGCCACCCAGCAAUAUUUUGAUGUAGGAGAUCUGGUGUACCCCUAAGUCUGGCGAUAGUUCCAGUAUUUUUAUUGCGACUAAUAUCACAUUUACACAGGGGCAAACUCAAAUGUAUUGAAAUAUAAGGCCUUGAACCACAAAUUCAGACUGUGUUAUCCCUUCUAAUAGACAUAGCUCAGGAGUGUCUGGUACAGCUCAUUCUCCACUUCAGACUGAAGAAUGAUAUGAUGCAUCGGGGUUCUGUAGGGACUGGUCCUGGUGCCCUACUAUUGAGCAGAGCAGUACAACUUAUUUAAUAAAUGAUUUCUCGAACUUAUAUCUAAAUGUGUUGCCAUUAUCUGAAAUAAACACAAGGGAUUCAGAGUCAUAUCAAGUUUUUGGGAGACCACAGAGGACUAAUCUUCAACGACUUUUUGGGGCAUAUACUGCUAAUACCUCUUACAUUCAAGAAUUUGGUCAGAUGAUCGAAAUUAGAUACGAAUGGGAAUGAACUACAGGUGAAGCAGAUGACCACGACUGAGGUCCAGAUGUGACCAUUAGGAAUGAGACUCUAACUCAAAGUCUAAUUCCCAAUUCCUCUAAUCGUACUACUCAUCAGAGCUAUGCCUAUCAUUACAAAAUUGGUGAUGUGAAUAUGAGGGAUGAGUAUAAUGUCCGAGGUGUUUACAUUGAAAUAAUCUCAACAAUGAAGAUAAAAGAAAUAGAUUUGGUAAAAAUAAUCAACUAUAUAGCCUUCUCUAUAACAGCUUCUAUGAUACUCCACUUUCUUGUCGAGUUAUUCAUGCUGAAUAAUCCCUUUUCUAGUCGAGAAUAUCUUGCAUCUCUUAAUCGAAUGAAGUACUACGUCGAUCCUAGAGCAGUCGCCAAUGAGAACAUAUACGUGCAUGGGGGCGGUAAUGGUUCUGGUAGCGAGAGUGAUUCUGAUCCUGAUGAUGAGUUUAAUAUGAAUGUUCUUCUGAAUAAUGAUGAGUAA